GUGAGUUCGGCGGAAGCUCUACCGACUAAGCAGGCAACCGAAAAUUUACAGUCCAUGUGCGAUGAAAGUUAUUCCGCAAUUAGUUUUAAUUGUAAUACCGAGCUUUAUCCGUACCGAAACCAGCUGUGGUGUUUCGGAGAGUGGCGAUGAUGGCCGUUUAUUGGCUAACGAGACCUUCGAGCCCCGGGCCAGGAGAAUCCGGCGGUUGUCGUCCGACUACGAGCGGGAUUUAGUGAUGGAUACAAUUCAAGCAGCAGAUUACCCGGCAAAUGUGCACGUGGUCGUGACGAAGGAUUCCUAUAUCCUCAAGCUGCAUCGUAUUCCGGAUCCAGCCCUCGAGGAAGACACCGACGAUGACAAAGUAGAGAGCGAAUCCCCAACUGAUAACGAUGUUGCUACUUUUCGCGGAGUCGUUCUGCUAAUGCACGGUAUGUUUUCCACGGCAGCAGAUUUCGUUGUUACUGGGCCGGAAAAUGGACUCGCAUUCAUUCUCGCCGAUGCCGGAUACGAUGUUUGGUUGGGGAACGCCCGUGGGACACGUUUUUCACGGAAAAAUCUUAAUCUAAACCCAAAAUCUGCCGCGUUCUGGGAUUUCAGCUGGCAUGAAAUUGGAAUCAACGACCUACCGGCAAUGAUUGAUUACAUCCUGCUGCAUACGAAGCAGCGCAAGCUAUUCUACAUUGGUCACAAUCAAGGUGUGACUGCAAUGCUGGCAUUACUUUCUGAAAAACCAGCCUACAACCGGAAAAUCAUCGCCGUUACCGGUAUGGCCCCGUUGGUGUUCUUGGGAAACGGAAAUAUUGCAGUUGCCCAACAACUAGCAAAAUUCAACGAUCAGCUCUGGCUCACCCUGAAGUCGCUCAACAUCUUCGAAUUGACCCCGUCGGAGAAAGUUUUGAAAUUCUUGGGGAGCACGGUCUGCUCGGAAGCGGUAUUUACCGGUGCAAUGUGUUUCGACUUACUGACAACCAUCUUCGGAUACUCCUCCGAGCAGGCGAAGCUACUGCUUCCCGGGUUGAUGGACAACUUAGUAACUGGAAUUUCAACCAAGCAACUGAUUCACUACGGACAACUAAUGGAGACAAGAAAAUUUCAACAAUUCGAUUACAAAAACUUCGUCGAAAAUUUCCAGCGAUACAAGCAGGGAAAACCUCCAUAUUACGAUCUGUCGAAAGUGACUAUUCCCUUCACAUUGUUCUACGGUACAAAAGACUUCUUCAGUUCCUCUAAGGAUUUCAAGAAGUUGAUUCGCUCUCUACCGAACGUGGCUACCUUCAACGAGAUACCUGGCUGGACUCACAUGGAUUUUAUUUACAACACGCAGAUCUACGUAAAUGUGUACAGCAAAAUACUAGAAUCGAUGAAAAAUUGCACAAAUAUUUGACCCAAAACAGCAAAAAACUGCCUCAAUUCUUAGAUCUAGUAAAUGAUUUGGCAGUCUGUUUUGAUUUAUUUGUUUUGUUCUCAACCUGCAUGAGCUGUCAACUUAAUGAGAGCAAUAA